AUGUUGCGGCUGACUGACCACGCCACCCUCAGCCACCAGGUGUGUCUGGUGUGCCUGGCCCAGCAGGGUGCCGCCUUCCCUGUACACAGCUGUGUCCUCUCUGGCUACAGCAUCGCCACCGACGCUUACAAUACCUUCAGAGAACCGCCAAGCACUGUGCCGUUGGAUGGUGUCUUGGGAAAGCUUCCAGUCUCCCUCCUGACGAAGGACGAGUGCCAGGAGGCGUUGUACAGUGAGAAAUUGCAUGAGAUCAAGAACUCCUCGGAUGCCUUCCUGUGCUCGAGAGAAACCGACGUUGCCACUGCAUGUUAUGUAGGUCGCUCUAACACAAGCACGUUAAACGGCGGCUCUCCUCUGACGUGCGAGGUCGGGGGUCGCUGGUUCCUCGCGGGUUUGGUGUCCUGGGGCCGAGGGUGCAACGUGCCAGGGGCCCCUCUGGUGCUCACGCGGGUUGCCUCCUUCAUGGACUGGCUUCGGGGAGUUCAUAAGCUGACCGAAUCGACGAGCUCCCCUGAAGGUCCCCCGUCGGAAGGCCACACCAGCCCCUUCGACACCGAAGCACUCCAGGCUACAGAGUCUCCGAUAAUCAACGUGAUCAUAGACUCUCCGGACGAAGACAAAGUCGCUCACAAAGCACCAGGGACUCAUGUUGUUCAGAAUAAUACGUGUGGCUAUAAAGGCGACUGGAAUGAAGUGCAUGAUCUGAUGGAAGAGUCCACUGGCAGCAUGCAGGGUGGAGUCGCUGUGUCGACGGUGGAGUGGUGCUGGAUGGCAGCCAUCAUGGAGCGGCGAGGAGGGGCGCUCCAGUACCUUUGCUCAGGCGCCCUCGUGGAGGCCGACCUCGUCCUUACUACGGCCUUCUGUCUGAAGAGAUUAAACACUCGUGAAUUACACCGAUAUAUCGUGGUUCUCGGCGACAGCAACUUGCGUGAGGACCUGCCGUACGGGGUGCAGUUCCACGCUCUCUCCGAGGUGGUCAUCCACCCAGACUAUUCCACUUUUGAUAAUGUCCAUACUAAUGACAUAGGUAUAAUGAUGCUUCGCGACCACGCCACUUUCAGCCACCAGGUGUGUUCCGUGUGUCUGGCCCUCCAAGACGUGGCCAUUCCCUCUCAAGACUGUGUCCUCACGGGCUACGGCAUCGCCAACGGCCAGCAGGCGGCGACGGGAGGUCUCCAUGAGGGAAACCCGGCAGAGGGCAUCCUCAGGAAGCUGCCUCUGUCAUUACUCAAGGAGACGGAGUGCCGGGAAGCCCUUGACAGAGUGACGCAUCCUAAGCCGACCGCGUCUCCAGAGUCGUUCCUUUGUGCUGGGAGUCUCGGCAACACCAGCGUCUGCUAUAACACGAAGGCCGCCGGUUCCCCGUUGGCCUGCGGGGUCCGGGGCCGCUGGUUCCUCGCCGGCUUGGCUUCGUGGACUGGAAGCUGCGACGUGUCUGGUUCUCCCAGCGUCUACACGAGGAUGACCGCCUUCAGCAACUGGCUCCGGGAAUCGGUUCUUCUAAUGAGACAAGGGAAAAAGUUGAAAGCAACUACUGUUACGUGACGGGAGGUUAAUGUAAUGUUCGAGUUAUUGUAGGCCUAUGUGUUUGAUAAUUCCAUAGUUGCAUUUCUUAGUGAUUGGGUUUUCUAAUUAGCUAUUACAUGUCGAUGCAUUUUAUUUGUAUAUGAUAAAUCUUGAUCUCGCACAAACCCAGUAAGCAAAUUUAUUAUAGAAAUUGUAUAAAUAUCUCGUAUUUUUUUUUAACUUAAUCUUGAAUAAGCGGGAAAUAAAGACAUUUUAUAAACAUUUCUAGUUAAUUUGACUUUCUCUUCUUAAAACCAAGAAUUCACUUUCUAAACCUAACGUUA